AUGACAUUGAAGAUGGGGAAAAAGGUGGAACCAAAGUCCAUAACUCGCGGCGGCCAUUACGGCCAGCAUCACCAGCGGCGCCAGUUGCUUCCUCUCCACCUUGUUCAUCAUUGUAAGAGACCAUCUACGUUGAAAACCAAAUAUUUCUCCGUCAUUUCGUCCAUAAAGAAGUCCAUCCAAAAAUGCCACCGUCGCCUGGUUGAGUUUUUCUCCAAACAGGAAGGCGCAAGGCGCCGAGGGCAAGGCUUCGUUAUCCUUCAGAGGGAAGAAGCCGGCAGCGGCCGCUUCGAAACCCGACAUAGACCUAGACUGCAACUCGAAUUCGAGGCUGAUUCCGAUCUGACUAACGUUCUUGUAUCAAGAAAAAGCAAUAGGAACCGGUUGCCUCCAUUAGUUUCCGACAACAUGAAGACCAUCGUUCUCGAUUUAGACGAGACCCUGGUUCAUUCAGUUCCAGGCCCACCACCAAAAAUGUAUGAUUUCAUGUUUAAACCAAACAUUUUCGGUCUGGAAAUGAACUUCUACGUAUUGAAAAGGCCCGGGGUGGAUGAAUUCUUGGAAGCAAUCAGUAAAAAAUACGAGGUCGUGGUGUUCACCGCCGGCCUCGAGCCAUACGCAUCGUUGCUGCUAGAUGUUUUAGACCCCAAGGGCCUUAUAUCUCACCGCUUAUACAGAGAUUCGUGCAAGCAAAUAGGUCGGGGAAGAUUCAUCAAGGACUUGUCAACGAUGGGCAGAGAUCUUGGUAAAGUAGUGAUUGUUGAUGAUAACCCUAAAUCAUAUUCUUUGCAACCUGCAAAUGGGAUCCCCAUAAAACGAUUUGAAUAUGACAUUGAGGACACGGAAUUGAAGAAACUGACUCAGUUUUUCCAGAGGUAUUGCGACGAUUUUAAGGACAUGAGAGAUGCAGUUAAGCAGUAUUAUGGUGGUGAUAAAACCACGCAGCCUCGAAGUUCAUCAAAAACCACGCAAUGA